CCAGACGUCCUUUUUGUUGUGCCUUUCUAACGAGGAAAAAAUGGGUUGAAAUUAAAAAGCUGUUUGUAUCAGUUGCUAUAGAAUGUGUAAUUGUGUUAUCUCUACCUUUACCCAAUUUCUUUGGAUUUUGUUUGCUUAUGGAGCAGAUAAUUGCCUUGCAAGUUUGAGCUUUUCCAAAUAGGAUACACUGGCCUUUAUGCAGGGUAGUGUGUUGCACUUGGUGGGAUAAAAGGACUAUUAUUAUUCUGUUUGGAUUGAAGGUUGAAGUGGCAGUAUAAUUGAUGGGUGGCAUAUUGAGCUCAAAUAAUCAGAAAUCCCCCAUCACCGAGCCAAAUAAGGCGUCACAAAGUGAAGCGCGCAAGAGACGAAGGAUUUCAUCUAGUUUAUGGGAAGACAACCCACGGUUGAUUCCCAGCCUGCCUGAUGAAAUAUCCUUUCAAAUUCUUGCACGACUUCCUAGAAUUUUUUACAUAAAUGCAAAGUCAGUGUCCCGGGGAUGGAAAUCUGCUAUUAUGAGCCCUGAACUAUACAAAACAAGAAAAGAACUCGGCAUGACCGAGGAGUGGCUCUACAUAUUGACUAAGGUCACUGGUGAUAUGCUUGUAUGGUAUGCCUUGGAUCCAGUCUCCCUUAAAUGGCAGAGGUUGCCACCUGUCCCUGAUUUCCCCCCUAAAGAUGGGACUAAAACAGGUUCAUCCGGGCUUUGGCUAUCCAGUAUGUUGAGCCCCUCAAUGAGAAUCAUAGAUGUUGUAAGACGUUGGCUCCGGAAAAAAAGUUCCCCUGGCCAAAUCCCAUUUUGUGGUUGUGCUAUUGGAACAGUCAACGGCUGUCUCUAUACGUUGGGAGGCUUUCAUAGAGAUUCAUCCAUGAAGAGCGUUUGGCGCUACGACCCGAUAACAAACAUUUGGGAUGAAAUCAGCCCGAUGUCCAUUGGUAGAGCCUAUUGUAAGACGGGUGUCCUAAACGGGAAGCUUUAUGUGGUCGGAGGCGUUACUCGGGAUCGGGGUGGGCUAACCCCACUUCGGUCUGCAGAGGUAUAUGAUCCCCAAACUGGCGUUUGGACAGAAGUGCCAAACAUGCCCUUCGCCAAAGCCCAUUUGCUUCCAAAUGCCUUCUUAGCUGAUUUUCUCAAACCUAUAGCGACUGGGAUUUGUUCUUACAGAGGAAAGCUAUAUGUCCCACAAAGUUUGUAUUGUUGGCCAUUCUUCGUUGAUGCUGGUGGGGAGGUGUACGACCCAGAAACAAACUCGUGGGGUGAUAUGCCUUCAGGGAUGGGAGAAGGGUGGCCCGCUAGACAGGCAGGGACAAAGUUGAGUGUGAUUGUUGAUGGGGAACUCUAUGCUUUGGAUCCUUGUGGCGAAUCAAAUUCGGUUAAUUUAAAAGUGUAUGAUUCUCAAGAUGAUGUUUGGAAGGAGAUUCAAGGAGACAUACCAAUUCGUGAUCUUGCAGAUUCUGAUUCUCCAUAUUUACUUGCUGGCUUUCUUGGAAAGGUUAAUGUCAUAACUAAAGAUGGAAACCAAAAUUUAGUGAUCUUACAAGCCGACAGACAAAAUCAGUCCAUUCCAUGUUCAGACACGUUUGGUGGAUCUGAUGCAAGCAUAUGGAGAGUAAUUGCAUCAAAGAGCAAUGGACCUGCAGAGCUGGUCAGCUGCCAGAUUCUUGAUCUGUAGCAGUGAAGGGCAGGCAAGGUCAGUUGGAAUCAACCGUCACUUAGGUUCCGUUUGUUUGCGCAGGAAAAUAUUUGCUGCUUUUCUUGCGUUUGGCACAUGAAAUCAUUUUUAGGAAGCUUUUUACUGGUUUGUGAAAAUGACCUUGUUUUGAAAACAUUAUACUCCAUAUUACACAUAAAACAACUUGUUUUUCGGGUAUUUCCAAGAAAAAAAACUCUUCCACCACAAGUUAUUUUCCUAGAAACAAACGGAGCCUUAGUUUUAUGACUUCUCAAGUACAAAACCCAAUCUCUCUCUCUCUCUCUCUCUCUCUCUCUCUCUCUCUCUGUGGGAGUGAGCUUUUUGCUCUCUUUGUUUUGUACGGAGUACAUACAAAGAAAGUAUAGUUGUGUGCAUGUACACAAGACAGACUCAUGGAGACACAUCAAUGAAUGUACUGAUUAAUUAAACAUAGUACCAAGCAAACACUUUAUUACUCCACUCUCAAUCUUCCUGAUUC